AUUAGUUCAUCGUCAAAUAUUCACUACAGUCUCUGGUCUACAGGAGAAAGUCGAUGCUGAUGGAUAUUUUCUCUACAUGCAACUAGCACAUGACGUCAGAGGAGACAUGUCCCUAAGGGGAAGUGAUCAACAGGAAGUAAACGCCAGAUUUUCACUUUUUACCAAGAACCGAGAAGCAGAGAAUAGAAAGAGAAAGAAUGGAUGAAAUCAAACGGAUUAAAAUGUCUUUACAUCUGCUACUGGUGCUGACUCCGUUUACAGUGCUCGCUUACCAAUAUUCCAACAUCAUCAUCAGAGCUGGAGCUGAAGUCACAUUGCCUUGUGACAAGGUGAGAGAUGAUCUUGUGAACUGUGGAGCUACUGACUGGUUCUUCACUGGUUUACAGAGGACUGGAGCAUUUGAGCUGUUUGCAAACAGGCAGUUCUCCACAUCUGUUAUUUCCAAAUCUAAAGCAGACAGACAACGUCUUGCUGCAAACUGUGCUCUGGUUAUUAGGGAGGUCACAGCUGAAGAUGCUGGUCAAUACGACUGCAGACAGUCUGACCUGACAACACAAACGUAUGCAUAUCAUGAGGUUUUUAUCUCUGUUGUAAACGUGACUGAGCUGAAGAGAACUGAUGAGGUGACGUUGAGCUGCUCUGUGUCGACAUGUAGAAGCUGUGACCUCACAGUGAAGUGGUUGUUUAUGAAUAAAGAUGUGACUGAAAACAACACAGACCUGAAGACAUCACGGUCUCACCGCUCGGCCACUGUGAGCUUCUCAAAAUCCCAUUUUUAUCGCAACAUGAAGAACUAUAGCUCAUUAACAUGUAAAGUGAAGGAUGGUUACACAGAGGAAAAGUUUCCCGUCAUCCCUCCGUCAUCAGGAAAGAACAAACCAGCUCGAGGAAACAAUGAGAUGACAACAGAUUGGUGGUGGUACAUUCGUCUGGUGGUGGGUUUUGCCACAAUCGUAAUAUUGGUUGUGAUUCUCAUCCAUUGGAGAAAAAACAAGAUCCAGGCUGGUGAUGCUGCAGUGGCCUUCAGCACUGUGGAAGCUCCCUCCUCUUCUACUGGACCCUCAGCUGAUCCCAGCAGCCUCUAUGCCAACGUCACAUUCAUACAAUAGUAGAGUCACAUUUGACAUCGAUAUAUUUAUAUCAGGAAUCCUUUGUUACAACUUUCUGCUGUGAAAACAAUGUCACUGUUAAUAAUGAGAUUCUCAUUAGAUAGAAAAGAAACAAAGGUGGGAACAUUCCCAGAUGAUGUCUGUAAAGUUUCAUAAAAAAAUUCACAUUUAUCGUGUGAACUGCAUUUAACCAGUUUUCAGCCAUUUUAUUGAUUCUUGAAGUUUGUCGUCCAAAACCUGGAAUAUUUUAUUCUGUAUCUUCAUGUUCUUCUGAUCGAGCUGUUAAUCUUAUACAUAACAAUGGUGACGUGUUUUUUGAUAGAAAA